CAACUCUCUCUCUCUCUAAAGAAACUAAUUAAAGAUGGUGCAACUAGUAGAACUUAGAAAAGGGAACAAGAGGUCCGAGUUCUGCAUCAACGACAACAUGGACAUCCUCAUAGAGAUACUCAAGCGGCUUGACAGCCGGUCGAUAGCCGCGGCGGCAUGCGUCUGCCGCAUGUGGCUAUCCGUAGCCCGGAGCAACUGGCUCUGGGAGAACCUCUGCUUCCGCCACGUGUCUCCGCCGCCGCCCCCCGGCGUGAGGCCGGUGGUGGAGGCCUUGGGCGGGUACCGCAAGCUCUACACCGCGUGCCUGCGGCCGGUGCUGACCCGGCUCUCGCGGAGGAAGAGGCUCCGGUCGGGCAGCGGCGCCGGUGGUGAUGCGGAGGCGGCGAGGAGGGUGUGGAGGCGGCACGAGGUGGAGCUCUCGAUUUCGCUGUUUUGCGUUGACUAUUACGAGAGGUUGGGCGGCAGCGGUGGUGGUGGUAGGGCCGGUGGCGCGUCCGCAUCGUCUCUCAUGUUCCUGUGUGAGCCUGUGAACGUUUGAUUGAUUGACUUUUGAUACUUUGACUGAUCGUGGGGCUCUGGAUGGCCCGUUUGCGUCCAAAGUUUGGUGAUGGUACAAAAUAACUUCUGCUGGUGGCCAACUCUACAGUCGAUACUUAGAAUUGUAGCAGCAUAUUAUUAUUAUUAUUAUUAUUAUUAUUAUUAUUAUUUGGUUAAGUAAUUCUGUUAAUUUUAUUCAUUUAUGAGGUAAAAUAACUGCACAAGGUGUUGCAGGUCUUUCUUAUUGUUAUUUAUUCUGUCAUUAGUUUCUUUUUUUCUUUUAUUGAGUUUUUCACAUUUCCUUCUUAAUUAUAUAUAAAUC